AUGUUUGAAACAGCAGAAACGCUCCUUUCACGAAUUCUUACAAGACAGCGUGUUCAAGGGCUUCUUGUUCUUGAAAAAACAACUGAUACAAUUAUCCAGACAACAUUGAGCCAGGAAAUAGCAACAUCAUGCGCAGAAAUAAUUAAAAGCAUGCUUAAUUCAACAGAAGCACUUAUGUUGAAUCUAGCAUCUACGGAUGUACUUCAAUUUAUACGUAUGAAGAUGCAAAUGCAUGAACUUAUGAUUGUUCCAGGACCAGAAUAUCUUCUUGUAGUGAUGGUUUCUAUAUGA